ACCAAUCAGAGAACGGCAUUUACGUCACAUGGUUGAAUGCCCAUGGUCCUAAAUCUCCCGAACGUCCCCAUUGUGCCAUUACAGCAGUCGAGCUCGCUGCACCUGUGGCGUACAGGACUUAUGUUUAAUUUUUUUUUUCAAUUUCGCUAUUUUCUUUUAAGUUUACCACUUUCACAUCCGCGGCGAUGUUCAGGAACGGCAACUUCAGGGGCUUUGACGACGACCCAUUCUUCUCAGAUCCAUUCCAAGCACACCGGGAUCACAUGCGCCAGAUGAUGCGGAGCUUCUCGGAGCCGUUGGGCGGGCCCUUCAUGCCGAGCAUCACGGAUGGGAGAAACCGCGGGCACGACACAGUGGAGCCUCCGGCGCUGAGGAGCGAACACAGGAGUACCAGGAGAAAACCCACACAAGCCAGGGGACAACAUGCAAACGCCACACAAGAAGGCCGGAGCCAAGCGAUUCGAACUCCAAACUUCAGAAGUGACAUCAGUCAUUCAUUAUUGCCCUUUGACAGCACAGACGCCACGACGAACCCUUUCAGCAUGUUCGACAACAUCAUGACCAACAUGAGGAGCAAGAUGGAGGGAAUGUGCAAAAACUUUGAGAACAUGUCCACGGACGCAAACACCCACUCAUUCAGCUCCUCGUCAGUCAUGACGUAUUCCAAGGUUGGAAACGAACCACCAAAGGUCUUUCAGGUCUCGUCGUCGACACGCCGUGCCCCUGGAGAUGUGAAGGAGACUGUAAAAGCCUUGAAAGACUCUGAAAGUGGCCUUGAGAAGAUGUCCAUUGGCCACCACAUUCAAGACAGAGGACACGUCGUCGAAAAGAAAAUGAACAAGAAAACAGGAGAUAAGGAGUUCAUACAAGACUUCCAGAAUAUGGAUGAAUCUGAAGCACAGUCCUUUGACGAGGAGUGGCAGAAGGAGUUGUCCAAGUUUAAGCCAUCUGGCUCCAUGGCUCAGCUGGAGCCGCCCCGACGUCACAGAGGUCAGCAGGCACCUCUCGCUGGUCCUGAGCGGACCCACAGAGAACAACCCAAGUCCAAACCUAAAAGUAUCCUGAAAGUUUCAAACUCGACAAAGCAGUAAAACCAUUAACAUGUUCUCAAGUGCUCACAAUGCAUACAGUAUAUAGACACAUACAAUAAUGGUAUCAUCCCCAAGAUUAAGUCAGAAGGCCCACAAAUGGAAACGUUUUAGUGACGUUCCACAUUUUGACUGUUGGUAUUGGUCACUGCUUCUCAAGGUGUGUUGUGUCACGCAGUUUGUCCAUAGCAAAUUAACGUGUUUACAGCUUGUUCCCGUCUAACUCUCUAUAUUUUCAAUGACGGUCAGGUCUCCCACUUAAGUCUCAGUGGCACAAAGGAUUGAGAAAGUCAGGAACUGAAGCACUGUAAAUGUCAUGAUAACCAUGAAUAGGUUAGCUGGAUUCUGAUUCAGAAUGAGUGGAUCAAUCGGUGUCCUUGAAGAGAUCGAUGAGAGAUGUACAGUAGGUGGCAGCUAUGCAACGCAUGAAGGAAUUAGCAUGGGUGCUCCCAGAGCAUCAUUUCUUUAUUAAAAAGAGCACAGAAAAACAAGUUUUUGUUUUUUAUGAAAUGUUAUUUGCUGUUAUCCCAUGAGACAUAAGCUGUUGACUGUUUGACUUGUUGAUGGGAUGGAUGCAGUGUUGAUGCUGAAAAAGGAAUUACACAUCAACUGUCAUCAUAUGGCCAUAACAAUUUGAGUGAGUGACUUAAUUUGAUCCACUAACGCACUUAGAAUAGGUCAAUGUAUUUUUUGGAGUGCCUGAAAUGUCUUGUGUCUGCUGUAAUCUUUGUACAAAGAAACAUUGCUUUCCCUUUUUGUAUUGUUCAUUUUUCAUCCAAGCUCAGUAACGCCACUCGCAACUGUUGUUCUUGUAUAUUUUAAAUAUACAUUUAGAAUUGAAAAAUAAAAAUGUCAAAACAGAAA